AUGAAUAUAGGAUGCGAUCAGGAUAGCGAUACAAUGUCCGGCGGUGCCUUCCCGUUGAUCUCGAGAAAAGCAAUGAUCAAGUUCAAAUUUAUAUCCCUGAGCUCCUGGUAUUUGGAGAAAGCAUUAUAUCAACGUUUCCCCGAAGGCGGAGGGAGGUCUUCCUGCUUGUGGUUGAUUGCGCCUCGAAGCAGCUCCAAAUCCAAUUUUCAAGUGCAAGUUUCCACUCGAAGUGCCUGGGCGGAUUCCAAGGUUAGACUCAUGGACUCAUGUAACAAAUUCUGCUGGUGUUGA